ACAGAGCGUCUUUUCGUGUACACGUGGCUGUUUCUGUAUCUUUGGAAAGUCGCCUAUUCCAGUCCUUUGCGCGUUUUUAACUGGUUGCCCUUUUCUUGUUGGAUUUCAGGAGUUAUUUAUGUGUUCUGGAUCCUGGGCUCAUCUGCGUAUCUUCCAGCGUCGGUCCUCGUGGCUGGCUGUGUGCUCCCCUUUGCCAUUCCUUUGACCUGUGAGUCGCCCUUCCUGAACCUGCACGGCGCAGACUGCGAGCCCAGAGCCUCGGCGCCCCGCGACUCUCCGCUGUCCCUCCACGCCGAGAAGGCCCUGAGCCAGGCCAAGUCUGUGGCAGAGCAGAAGAGGUUCCCGUUCGCUCCUGAUAACGACAGCACGAGCGAAGAGCUAGCUAUCGCUUACGUGCUGAUUGGCAGUGGUCUCUAUGAUGAAGCAAUAAGACAUUUUUCGACAAUGCUCCAGAUUCUGUCCCCUCUGGGCCGAAUCAGCGAGGCGGUGAGCGACCUCACGAGAGCGAUUCAGCUUCAGCCCUCGGCCCGGCUGUACAGACACCGGGGGACCCUGUACUUCAUGUCGGAGGACUACGCGACAGCCCACGAGGACCCCCAGCUGUCCUUGGAGCUGAACAGAAACCAGCCGAUAGCUAUGCUCUACAAAGGUCUAACUUUCUUCCACAGAGGACUCUUGAAGGAAGCUAUUGAAUCCUUCAAAGAAGCUUUGAAGCAGAAAGUUGACUUCAUCGAUGCAUAUAAAAGUUUGGGGCAGGCCUACAGAGAACUGGGCAACUUCGAGGCAGCCACCGAGAGCUUCCAGAAGGCGCUGCUGCUGGACCAGAACCACGUGCAGACGCUGCAGCUGCGCGGGGUGCUGCUGUACCACCACGGCAGCCUGCGGGGGGCGCUCAGGAGCUUCAAGCGCUGUCUGCAGCUCGAGCCCUACAACGAGGUGUGCCAGUACAUGAAGGGGCUCAGCCACGUCGCGAUGGGGCAGUUCUACGAGGGGGUAAAAGCGCAGACCAAGGUGAUGCUCAGUGACCCACUGCCGGGCCAGAAGGCCAGCCCCGAGUACCUCAAGGUGAAGUACCUCCGAGAGUACUCUCGGUACCUCCACGCGCACCUCGACACUCCCCUCACGGAGUACAGCGUCGACGUGGACCUGCCCGGAAGCUUCAAAGACCGCUGGGCCAAAAACCUGCCCUUCCUCCUGGAGGACUACAAGGAGCAGCCGGGGCUGCAGCCCCACAUCAAAGACGUGUCACAUCAGAACUUUGAGAGCUACAAGCCCGAGGUGCAAGAGCUGAUCUGCGUAGCUGACCGUUUGGGUUCCCUGAUGCAGUACGAGACCCCCGGAUUCCUGCCCAACAAGAGGGUACACAGAGCCAUGGGCUUGGCCGCGCUGGAGGUCAUGCACGCCGUGCAGCGCACCUGGGCCAACGCCAAGGUCCGGACGGGCGGGCGGACGCGGCCCAUGCAGUGGCGGGACAUGUUCGACAUCGCGGUCAAGUGGAGACGGGUCGCCGACCCAGACCAGCCAGUGCUGUGGUUGGAUCAGAUGCCAGCACGGAGUCUGAGCAGAGGCUUCACCAACCACAUCAACUUGAUCCGGGGCCAGGUUAUCAACAUGAGGUACCUGGAAUAUUUUGAGAAAAUUCUUCAUUUUAUCAAAGACAGAAUUCUCGUUUAUCAUGGAGCUAAUAACCCUAAAGGGCUGCUGGAAGUGAGGGAAGCUCUGGCAAAGGUGCACAAAGUAGAAGACCUUCUUCCGAUUAUGAAGCAGUUUAACACGAAAACGAAGGAUGGCUUCACUGUGAGCACGAAAGUCCCCAGCCUCAAAGACCACGGGAAGGAACACGAUGGAUUCACCAUCACCGUGACAGGCGACAAAAUCGGCAAUAUACUGUUUUCUGUGGAAACUCAAACCACAGAAGAAAGAACACAAUUAUAUCACGCCGAAAUAGACGCACUUUACAAGGAUCUGACGGCGAAGGGGAAAGUGCUCAUUCUGUCCUCGGAGCUUGGGGAGGCCGAUGCUGUUUGUAACUUAAUCUUGUCCCUGGUUUAUUACUUUUAUAAUUUAAUGCCACUCUCUCGAGGAUCCAGCGUGAUCGCUUACUCCGUGAUCGUGGGAGCCUUGAUGGCAAGCGGAAAAGAAGUAGCAGGAAAAAUUCCCAAAGGGAAGUUAGUUGACUUUGAAGCCAUGACAGCCCCCGGUUCAGAGGCCUUUAGCAAAAUAGCCAAAAGCUGGAUGAACUUGAAAAGCAUUUCGCCUUCGUACAAGACGCUGCCGCCCGUGUCGGACACGUUCCCGACGCUGCGGGCCAUGGUCGAGGUGCUGGACGCCGACGCCUCCGCGCGCUGCCUGCGGUGCUAGUGACCGCGGCGGCCCGCGCCGGGGCCGGGCCUCGCGCCCCUAAGUUACUUUCUAAAACGGGGGAUGAUCGAGAAAUUAGGUCCUUUGUUACUUUUGAUACCAACUUUUGAUAGGAAUCGAAUACUUGAAAUCAUUCUCUUUACUUUCUGCACCGUAACAGGAUCAUGAAAGAGGGUUUGGGGGGGGAGCCGUGCGCCCGCCACAGCCCAACCUGGCUUCAGCGCCAAGAACGAGUCACUGGAAGGAGCAGGAGCGGGGACGGGCGGGGGCAUUUGUACCCCCCUGAGGACGCGCGCUGUCCGAGGUCCUUCCCACGCCGUGACGGCGCCUCGCUGUCCAUCACGGGCCUUCGCGUGCGAGUCCGCGCGUCACAGGAACCACGGACGAUGCGCGGGCCCCCGGCGGGCACCACGGAGCUCACAGCCAGGGGCGUGCGGAGGACGCAGACAGUAUUUGCCAGUGACCCAAACACUGAAGCACUGGACCGUGUGUGUUUUUCUUUGUUGGGAAAAAUAAACAGGAGAUUUCUUUGAUGUCCGCAGUUUUUGACACUGGAUCACGUAUGUUUUUGUGAAUUAGUUUCACAUUCAGGUAUGAGAAUAUUCAGAAAGUUACUGAUUUUUUUUCCAGACGGUAAACGACCGUGAGUAAAAUGGAUUCAUUAAACUUGCCAAUCGCAAAUCGUG